GCAGUGUUCAUCACUCCCAAAGAAAAAAUAGGGAUAGAGAUUAGAGAGAGAAUCAAAAUCGGAAGAGAAUAAUGGCGGACGCAUCACAUCUGGAGCGAAUGGGAAGGGAGCUAAAAUGCCCUAUAUGUUUGAGUCUGUUUAAUUCAGCCGCUUCACUCACCUGCAAUCAUGUGUUUUGCAAUGUGUGUAUCGAGAAAUCCAUGAAAGCAUCAUCGAGUUGUCCUGUUUGUAAAGUUCCAUACAGGCGAAGAGAAAUUAGGCCAGCUCCUCACAUGGAUAAUUUGGUAAGCGUUUACAAAAGCAUGGAAGUAGCAUCUGGAGUCAGUAUCUUCAACACUCAGACAGAAGCUUCAACUGGUCCUUUGGUCCAAAAUGAUGGCCAAACGAAACCCGAUGCUUCAGAAACUGGGAAUAAAAAACAACCUGGAAAGAGAGGAUCAAAGAGUGCAUCAGUUUUCCCUACAAAUAAAAGGGUUCAGGUAUCACCAUAUACAAGUGCAAGGACAGAAAUGGUGCGAGAAAACCCGACUGAUAGAACUGCUGAAAUCAACAGAAAUGAAACUAAUAGCAGUCAUGUUUUACAAAAUAAUAUGCCUUCUACUUAUGAAAAGGGGAAAGCCCAUUUACCUCCAUUUUUCUGGCUGAGAGAUGAAGAGGACAUGGAGAAGUCAAGUCAGCAGACAAAUGACAAUCUGGUUAUGUAUACACCACCAGAAGCUCCUUGCUUCAGUGACAUCAAAGAUUCAGAUGAUGAGAGAGGAGAUUGUAACUUAUCAAAAAAUGUGGAUUUCUUUGAUAGUGAAAUGUUUGAUUGGACACAGAGGCCUUGCUCUCCUGAACUUUGUUCAACUCCUACAACUAUACAGAUUGAAGAACAAGCUGCUGAGGAGGAUGUAGCCUUAAAACGUGUGGAUGCCACCUCAACAGAAACAGCUGGUCAAAAGAACAGACGUAAUAGUGCAGUAGGCAAGCGUAAAAGGGAAAAAAUCUCUGAAAGCAAAGGCAGAACGAGAGCUUCUAAUAAGAAAGCCAAUGCAAAUGAGCCUGAAAAGGACAAGAAAGCUAAAAGCAUUACUGAAGUAACUGCAGUCUGUGCUGAAUUAGGCAAUGUAAUCUAUCAAGAUAUGCAAGAGGGUACUAAAGACACUCCAAUGAUUCAAAAAGGAAAAUCCAGAAAAGGCAAAAAGGUCCUCUCUGAUGCUAGUGUUCAAGAGAGAGAUGUUCUAUCUUUAUCUGAUGGGGUUGAGCCUCUAGCAAGCAGCAAGGGUGCAGCAUUCACUCAAGUUUCAGCACCAGAUAUUUGUGGAAAGAGCAAUGAAAUUCAAGUUCAAAGGGAUCAAUCAGACAUGAUAACUCCAUCAAAAAGAGCAACGAAAGCUUAUGAAUUCUAUAGUCUCAGAGAUCAGAAAGUGAUUGUGAGCACUCAUGCCACAUUCUUAGAGGAAGACUAUGUAAUGAAUCAUAAGUCCAGCAGUGAGAUUGCUCUAGAAGAGCUAACUUCAAGUUUCAACUUCCAUUAA